ACAACAACAACAACAACAACAACACACGAUCAUGAUUUCAUCCAACAAAGCAGCAAUUUUCAGCCUUUUGGCAUUCCUUCUCGGUGGAGUGACAGCACAAAACCAUUUCCAGGCACAGCAACAAGAUCUGAACAGAAACCAAGCUCUAUGGAAAUCCAAGCAAAUGACAAGCUAUCACUAUGACUAUGAGAAGAUGGGGCCUGAUCCUUUGAACACUGUCUAUCCAUGGACCAUCACAGUGCAGCCACCAAACCCACCCACAGCCAAGGAUGGCAACCACAACCAAAUUCUAUGGACCACCCACUCUCCCAUUGGCAAGUUUUUUGAAGUCAUCCAAGGCCAUAUCAAUGCAAACACAGCAAAGCAGAUUGAUGUCCAAUACAACCCUCAACUUGGAUACCCACAGACUAUCUAUGUUGUCUUGGCCAAUGGAGUUGUUUAUGACGUUGAUCUUACCAAUGUUGUUCCUAUCCAUCAAGUGAGCCCCCUUACAAACCGCAACCCAACACCAGUGCAACAGAUUGCUCAAGCAGAAGCUCAGUGGAAGUCCAAACACAUCUACAACUAUGCCUACGUGUACAAUAACCAUGGCUCAAACCCCCACAACAUCGUCUUUCCCUGGGAUGUCACAGUCCGAAACGGUAACCAGGCUUCUGGAAAGGAUGGAAACCACAACCAAAUCUUUUAUGAGCCACACCCACAAACCGUGGAAGAGCUCUUUCAGAGGAUCCGCAAUGCCUACAGCCAACAAGCCAAGUUCAUUGAAGUUCGGUACAACAAAGUCUAUGGCUUCCCAGAAGACAUCUUCAUUGUCUACAAUGACCAAACUCCUGAUGCUACCCAUGAUGCAGAAAUCACCAACUUCAUGAUUCAGUAAUCAACCCAUAGUCAUAUAUAUAAUACAUCAUCUAAAGGACAA